AUGCAGGGCAAGAAGACUCAGGGCCAACAGCAGGCCGGCGAAGAAAUUUUAAAAUCAGCGGGGGAGGGGCGUGUCUCCAUGAUGAUGAAAUCAAUAUUCUGCACGCUUUCACUAGCAGCAUUGGGCAUGGCGCAAUCAUCUACAACGGCUGCGCCUCCAACGACUACCACGACUGGCCCUGUCACUGUCUUCCAAGUCAUUGUCCCCGCCGCAACUCCUGUACCGAGCGAAGCAUCCAUCAUUGGCGUCCGCAACGAUGCUAUUACAUUCGGCAUAGAUGUCGACUGCUUGCCAAAUUUCGCAAACGGCCGUUGUGAACCAAUUUCGGGCUUUGAAACCGUUACAAUCAUACAGGGCCCCAAGACUUACUCGCAGUCUGUCUCAAUGUCCGGAGCAUUCGUCGACGCUGCUUGCUCCCUGAGCGGCACCACAGUAGCAGAUUGCAUAUUGAAAGUGGAAUCGGGUAAGAUAAAAGGCGAGAUCUCCACUAAAUUGACUGGAUCGCAAAUUGCGACCGCAUUCGCCACUAUCACGGCCACGGCCGGUAUCGAGAAGCUGGCCAAUGUACCGCCAAAUGCUGCGCCGAAGGCCACUGGGAACGUCAACUGGGCGAUUGGCGGGGCCGCUGCGGCGCUUGCGAUGGUUGCUGCCCUAUAA